AUGGAGGACUCCACGAAUAGCUAUUCCCCCGAAGAAUCUCGCUGUGAAGCCAUCUUCUCGAAAACAGUUCAACGCAGAUCCGAUGGCCGCUAUUCCGUAGCACUUCCCAAGAACGAAAAUGCCAUUUCCAGGUUGGGAGAAUCCAAGGAGAUCGCAUUUCGGCGGUUUCUGAGCACCGAACGAAGGCUUAUCAAGGAUACUAAUCUUCGGAAGCAGUACGUAAAGUUUAUGGAGGAGUACCUGCAGUUAGGUCAUAUGCGAAAGGUUGAAGAGGAUCCAGAACCCACUAAACGAUGUUUUCUCCCCCAUCAUCCGGUGGUCAAAGAGGCCAGCACCACCACUAAGGUCCGCGUUGUGUUCGACGCCUCCUGUAAGACUGCUUCGGGAUUGGCGUUGAACGAGGUAUUGCCGGUAGGGCCAGUAAUUGAACAGUCUCUCCGAUCAAUCAUCCUUCGUAGUUGCACGAAACAGAUUCUCUUGGUGGCGGACGUUGAGAAGAUGUUCCGGCAGAUACGUGUGCACCCCGAGGACAGGCCAUUCCAAUCUAUUCUCUGGCGUCCGUCCCCUUUGGAGGAGGUAUGUGUGUACGAGCUGAACACCGUAACCUACGGAACGAAACCGGCCCCGUUCUUGGCAACUCGUACAUUGACUCAACUGGCCAUGGAUGAAGGAGAACGGUACCCACUUGCGGUGCAGGCAAUUACAGAGGACACGUACAUGGACGACGUCAUCACCGGCUGCGAUAACUUGGAGGAUGCCAAGAAGAUACAGCAGCAACUAGACGAGAUGACAAGAUCCGGUGGUUUUCAGCUUAGGAAAUGGGCGUCAAAUUGUGCAGAGGUCCUGAAGAGUAUCCCGGAUGACAAUCGUGCAAUUCGUCUGGCGGAAGGCAUAAAUCUUGAUCCAGAUCCAUCGGUGAAGGCACUGGGCCUAACUUGGUUACCCGGAAAAGAAGUAUUCCGCUUUCAAUUCUACCGGUCGAGGUUCAUAGGCGCUACUACGACCGCUGCAAAGGUGUUUAUGCAGCUACUCUGGACGACCCUAGACGAAAAGGGUAAAAGGUUGGACUGGGACCAGCCAUUACCUCCGACGGAGGAGCGAUGCGUAAUCAUUCCCAACGUGGUAGAUGUGCAGAUCCACUGUUUCUCUAAUGCAUCUCAGAAGGCUUACAGCGCAUGCCUAUAUAUUCGCAGUCAAGCUGUGGACGGAAACGUGAAGGUUCAGCUGUUAUCCUCGAACUCUAAGGUUUCCCCUCUUAAACCUCAAACAAUUCCUUGUUUAGAACUCAGCGGAGCGUUGAUCGCUGCUCAGCUCUGCGAAAAGGUGCGGCUUCACCUUCUACGUGGUCCACAUUUGUCGCAAACAGGGUUGCGAAAAUCCAGGCACUCACGGAAGGUUGCGUUUGGAGGUGUUGAAAACCCAGCAGAUUUAGUUUCGAGAGGUAUAGGACCAAAGGACAUCGUUAACAACGGUUUCUGGUGGCACGGACCGAGCUGGUUAGCUAAAGAGCGAAAUAAUUGGCCAAAUUCAAAUCCUGAUAUGAAAGAAGAAGGCGAGGAGGUAAGAAGACGUACUGCAGUUGUCGUUACAGCAUCAGCAGUGGCAGAUUUCAACGAAGGUUUCAUUUCCACAACGAAUUCCUACACUACGUUAAUUCGCCGCAUAGCUAUCUGGCAGCGGUUGAUACGAUCGCUUCAAACAUCGGAGGAUCGUCCAAAUGGAUUCUUGCGAGCAGAUGAGCUACAGCAAGCAGAAUAUACUCUGAUACGGAAGGUUCAAGAAGAGGUAUUUCCGGACGAACUACUGGCGGUUCUUAAAAAGGAAUCACUUAAAAAAAGUAACUCCAAAGUUGGAAACGACCUCUUCGAUGCAAUCACGAAAAGAAUCAACGAACGGCGCCAAAAAGGAAUAAUAACAGCGCUGAAGUUCCUUCAAGGUCUUCCGUUGUCAACGCAAGUGCCAGCAGAACUGGAAAGCUCAUCGAAAACGCAAUUGAUUAAGUUCAUCAAGGAACUGGGAGUUCGAUUGUUGCAAGACUGCCAAAGACAGACCAAUGAUGAUGCUGCCGAGUUGAAUGCUGGAAUGUCCUAUAUGCAUGACGAUUUAGGAUCGACACCAUCGAGCAUGCGUGAAGAACUGAAAUCGGCUAUAAAGGAAUAUGCCAACCCGUCCCAGACUGAUUCGGCAAUGAUUGAUUUUUCAAAACGGCCUCAAAUCAAUCAAACCGACGUCAACCGAUAG